CUCUCACUCAUCAAAAUGCCUCCGACUACUACCAGUUCAGCACAACGGAGGCUCGCGAUACAGGACUUUGUAGCCGUCACACGGGAAUCAAAUGAGACUGCGCAGCAGGUGGUUCUUUUUCUUUUUCUUUUUCUUUUCUCUCCCCGCCCCCGCGAUAUCGCGCCGCAUGGCCGAUGGAUGGGGUGCUCUUUCGGCCCGAUAUCCAUCCUACCUAUCCAUGGACCCUCUCGAAUCGCGAUCCUUGUUUGACUUUUUGCAUGAACCCGCUGCUGACAAGCUCUGGAUUGAAAAUGCGACACAGUACCUGAGAAAUGCCAACUACGAUGUCGCUGUGGCGGUCAACCAGUGAGUUUUUUUUCCUGAUUUCAAGCUGCCUGCUUUGUACAGUGUCCUGUCCUGUCCUGUCCUGGCCCCCCUCGCUCGCAUUGUCUCG